CAGAGGCCUCCCACAUUUUCAGAUGAGAUUUGGUGAUACUGGUGAUAACCUGGUGCCAUACAGGGAGACAGCUGCCUUAGUGCAGGACAGCCUUAUUUUCCCGGGAAAAUAGCUCCACAACAGCUUUCAGCAGUUCCACACAAAGAAAAGUACCCUUUGAGAUAAAUAAAAAUAAAGCAAUGAUCUGUGUUUGAAAAGCCACUUUUCCACCAUAUUUAAUUGGAACUAUUAGAACAGUUUGCCUGGGAGCAGAGCUGCUGCCAGCAGAAGCAAGUUCAUUCGGACUGCUCCACUUGAUGGAAGCUGAAAACUGAAGAUGGCAGAGCCUGAAAGCACAGUCAUAAACACCAAUGUGAAACAGAAAGAUCCUAGCAAGGCACUGGUCAUUGCUGUGACCACCAGAGCCAUCUUCAACUUGGAGAAGGAGCACAAACUCUACCUGGAGAAGGGCAAGGAGGAGUACACAAGGCACCAGCAGGCCAACCAGGACAAGCCCCUCCCACCAGGCACAGCCUUUGCCUUCAUCCAGGCAGUGCAGUAUGUGAACAAGAAGAUGCUGGAGAGCAACCCAGCAGAGAAGGACCUCUUUGACAUCCUGGUGCUCUCCAACAACAGCCCAGAGAGCGGAGCGCGCAUCAUCAACAGCGCCAAGCACUACGGCCUGGAGAUCUCCAAGUUCUGCUUUGUCAGCGAUGAGGACUCCACACAGUACCUGAAGUCCCACGGGGUCAAGCUCUUCCUCUCAGCUGACAGGACAGAUGUGUGCAAUGCCCUCCAGAGAGGGGUCUCAGCAGCGCUCAUUUUCCAGCAAGAGGUGCGGGCCCCCAGCACCCCACUCCGCGUGGUGUUUGACGGGGAUGCCGUGCUCUUCUCCGACGAGACAGACCAGAUCUUCCAGGAGCACGGGCUGGAGGGGGCAGUGCGGUACGAGCAGGCGAUGGAGGCCGUGCCCAUGGGAGAGGGUCCCCUGAAGACUUUUGCCAUGCACCUCGGGAAGAUGCGCAGGAAGUUCAGCCAGGAAAAAUCCCCCAUCCGCACCUACCUGGUGACUGCGCGCAGCGGCCGGGACAUGGGCAUCCGAGCCAUCAAGACGCUCCGGGAAUGGGGCCUGGCCAUCGAUGAGGCUUUCUUCAUGGAUGGGGCUCCCAAGGGCCCCAUCCUCGCCCAGAUCCAGCCUCACAUCUUCUUUGACGAUGGGCUUCAUAACAUCCAAGGGGCUCAAAAUGUCGGUGUGCCCUCUGCCUGGGUCCCCUCCUGCUGCUGAUGGGCUGCAGGCCAGCGGUCCUCCCCCCCAGCCACACAGGGGACUGGGUCAGUUGGAGGCAAACCUUCUGGUGGAGAAGGAGAGAUUUCCUGACAUGCAGCAAGUAAAUCUCAGGAAAAGGGGACAAGA